AUGCCCAAACUACAAAUAAUACGUGCCGGUACGUACAGGUCCUCCGAGCAAGAUGAUCGCCAGCAAGCCGUUGCAGCCCCCUUCAGCCACCCGCGUUACUGGGCCAGACUUUGCAAAGUAAAGUACACGGGCACCAAGCACUGCACAUUCCGAGACACUAUUGAUCUCCAAGAUCACGACCGUCCUUCGGCACAGGACCACUCCAAAUCCAACCUGCGCAACAGUAACAGUCCUUCCUUGAACAUAGGUCCCCACCAGGCCGAAACCCUUAGAGACGUUGCACACGAAACCGCCGACGAGAAUCUCCGCAGCCCCCGCCUGGUGUGGGACAAGCCAACCGAGCUCCAAGGCGAUCACGACCACGAUCACGGCGACGACCGAGACCUCGACGACCUCGAGAUAGAUCUCGAUUUCGACGAUUCCGAAAUUAAAUCUCGCGCGCGCUCCAACUCCGACCUCGACGAAGAUCACCCCAACUCCCGCUCGAAUAGCAUGAUGCACCAGCAAGAUGCGCUGGCCGUUGCCCAGAAUGGAGGCAUCCAGGAUGAUAGCGACAUGGAGAUGGACGGCGAUGACUACGAUGACGAUAUGACCGGGGGAAUCUCGAGUUCCCCCUCCAUUGAGGAUGUGGAUUCUCUGCCGGGUGCCGCUCGCAUGAUGACCUCCUCUACUCCAUCCCCAAAUACAUCUCGCACCACUCCUCCUGUGAUAUUCCCGGCCCCGAGCGAGACCGGGCCCUCGAUUCCCGACCCGUCGCCUAUGCGAGCUACUCCACCUCAAGGUCCUAUCGAGAUGAUUGGAGACGACCUCUUAGUGGGGGUCCCGGGACAGAGACAUAUUGAGAAUAUAGGUCGUCAUCACCAUCUUCUUCUUCCGCUUCAAACCGCCGAUCCUAGCGCGCCCGAGACCAGCGACGACGACCCAAUCUCCGGAACUAGCCAUGACUGCGACCGUCUCCACCCACCUAGAGCGAGAACCUCGAGCGUUGGCGACGACUACCCUCUCUACUAUUCCGAAUCCCUAAUUUCUGAGAUGGAAGAGGAGCUGUCGCGCUGGCCAUCGGGUCAUGGUCCCCCUAGCAUUGACUUUCACACAAAGCGAAAGGAGUUCGAACGGGGCGAGCACAUCAACAAUCCUAAUGAGUUACCUGGAGGCGAACUCGACGGCCUUACGAUUCCCUACAUCCCGAGCGAAGAAGAAGAAGCAGAUGAUGAUGAUGAUGGUGACGACGAGAGCGACAUCUCAUUCCCCGAUGAUCCCCUGUACGUUGACUCGGAAGGCCAGGCGAACGCGACCAAGGGCGAUACCAUGGUGUUGCUAGACGACAGCAAUAGCUACUGGUGGUUGGUGAGAAUAGUCAAAGAUAGCAGUAUAGGAUAUCUACCCGCCGAGCAUAUCGAGACCCCUACCGAGAGGUUAGCGCGUUUGAACAAGCAUCGGAAUAUUGACCUCUCUGCCACGAUGCUUGGCGACCAAACCGCUGAGAAGUCGAAACCAACCUUCAAGACCGCUAUUCGUAGGCGGAAGAAGACGGUAACCUUUGCGGCCCCGACAUACGUCGACUACGAAGACUUUGACUACUCCAGCGAUGACGAAGACCAAGAGGAAAUCUUUGCCCAACAACAGAUGGCGGCUAGACAAGCUCGCGAGCAGCAACAGCAGCAACAGGUUACGGCCUCAUCAGCUGAGAUCGAAGAAGUCGAGAUAGAUUCAGAGAGCGAAAUCGAGGACGAAACAGCAAAGGUCGAACCGUUGAAACCGCGUGUCGUCAAGGAAACCGUCAAGACGCCAGAACCUGCAAAGACAACAACAUCGACUGAUGAUUCCCAUAUGAAGCGUGCGAGCGAAGAAAUGUUCGACGGAAAGUCGGACGGUGUCAGCCGCUCGAGAAACGGCACGGUCCGGAACACAGACUCGUUCUUCAAGGAUGACACCGUUGAGACCAAGAAGAUCACCCUCACACCCAACCUGCUUAGGGACGACAACACACCCCGCGAUUCCACAGAAUCCAAGGAGCUCCGGCCACGGCCAAGCCUUGACAAGGUUCUCGAUAAGGACAAGGACGACAAGAAGAAGAGGGAUAAGGAUAAGAAGGACAAGGAUAAGAAGCCUAGCGUCAUCCGCAAUUUCUUCUCUCGUAAGGACAAGAAGAAGGGUGGCGCCGAUGACUAUGACGACGACCCGAAGAAAUCGAUGGAUGGCAAUGAACCUCGGGAUAGCAAGGAGCAGGAGGAAGUGGAGGGAGGAGAUGGCUGGACCGACAAGUCCGCCGCCGGCCCUCAGCGACACCCGAGCAAGCUCCAGAAGCAGCAACCCCGAACGGAACCUUCGCCCACGCGCGGCAAGGGCCCCACGGCACAAAAGCCCGCGGACAUUGGCGCUUACAUUUCCGAGACCAGGAACGACGUUUCCAACGUUCCGCCGGCGACCAUGCGUAUUGUGGACUCAGAAACGCAAGAGACCAAGAAAGUCUCGUCGCAGCCGACAAAGGAGGAAUCGUCGCGGACCAACGGAUCCUCCCAGGAAUCCACCAAUGUCGGGAACGGUACAUCAACAGCGCAGGAGACCGAACGUGGCCCUCGUGCGCAGCCCCAGCAGCCCAACGACCGGCAAACGGAUUCGCCAGUGCGGUCGUCUCCUACGAGCGCCAGCCGCCCUCCGCCACUCAUGGUGGACACGUCGAGCCAAGAAGACCACUCGGCAUCGCCAUCGCCCGAACUCGUCGACAUCGACACCGAGGGGUCCACCACCCUCCGCAAGCAGGACUCCGUUACGACCAACUCUACGUCCACCGCGGAGUCGACUGCUACCUGGAACGACGCCAAGCUGCGAGCCUUUUUCGAGACUGGAACGGAUAUCAGGGACAUGCUCGUCGUGGUGUACGACAAGACCGACGUGGCACCAGCUGGCCCGGACCAUCCUCUGGUGGGAUCGCUCUUUAGGGAGCAGAAUGCCAAAUUGGCGGAGAUUACUACUCAACUUGACAACAUGCUUGGCGAUUGGCUCGCCAGGAAGCAACGGUUGCGAGGCACCAUCUAG